UACCCCACGCACCGCACACAACGCCAGCUGCGCAAUGUCCGACCCAGCCCAUGUAGGAGAGGCGCGCGAUGUGCCGCAGCGCGCCGACGAGCCUGCGACCGUGAUUUCCGCCCAGCCGACGAUGAUCACCCCUCCCGCGCCAGGAGCGCCUGGCCUGGGCGCCCCCGGCGCCCCCGGCGGCCUCGGCGCGGGCGUGCCAACGCCCUCCUCGCCGACCGCAGCAGGCCGGCCGGCCACGGCCGGCGCGGCGCUUCCCGCCUCCGGCGGCCCCCCCACCGCCGCCGUGCCCUCCGAGAAAGCGAUCGCCGCGACCGUCUCCGCCGACCCCUCUCUGACGGAAGACACGCUCGUCGAAGGCAUCGACGACGGCACGCUGUACCUCAUGCUCCGCGCGUUCAACAAGCAGGUCAACCACGUGCUGCACCCCGCCGUCUCGCUGCCCCCGCGCGAGCCGGAUUUGCGGCACACGGAUCUCCAGAACGUCCCGUACCGCAGCGACACGCUCAAGGCGAAUCUCGAGCGCCUCGUGCGCGGCCUCGGGCCGCCCGCGUCCCGCGGCAUGCGCGAGGUCGCGCGCCUCACGGACUGGGAUCACGAGUUCAAGCGCACGGCAGCGUACUGUGCCGCAUACUUCAUCGCGUGGGGGUUCGGGGUGGUGGUGCUUGCUGCGACGAUGUUUUUCUGCGUGCUAAUCUGCUUCCCGCCCACCCGCAGGAUCCUGUUUCCCUACCGACCGCCCACCCCCGACCCCGACCACCCUUCACGCAACCGCACCGCGGACCAGGAACGCGACGAAGUCCCCGUCGAAGUCUCCGCCGUCAUGACGGGCUUUGCGAGCGCGCUGCUCUUUGGCACGUCGGACGAGGGUAAUGCGACCGUCGGGCCCAAGGAGUUUAUCGACGACUGGGAGGAUCCCGCAAUGGAGAUCCACGACGAGAAGGGUCGCCUGAUCGGCUUCCGCACGACGCGUUACGACCGCAAGGCCGAGAUUGUUGAGGUGAAUGGCAAGCGCGUGCGUGUGCGCCGGGACCGGGUAGACGCACAAACCGAGGCCGAGGAGAAGCGCGACGAGCUCGUCACAUGGAUGGCAAAGUCGACCGAGACGGGGCUUGGUAAGGGCGCCGACUUCAUCGAGAUCAUGCAGAAGGCGCUCUCUCCGCCGCCCAUUUACCCCGACUACUAUGCGCGCUUCAAGAUCGCUGGCCUGCUCGUCGUGCCCGCGCUUGCCCUGCACUUUGUGCCGGCACGCAUGUUUGGGCGCGGCGCGACGUUUAUCUUUGGGGCAGUCUUCUGGGGCCACAAGUGGCUCGAGCGCGGCGCGCGUGAGCUCAUCCGCCGUUACCCCAACUGGAAGAUGUACGUGGACCCACGCAACUCGAUCCUCUCGGGCGUGCCGACGGAUGCGCAGCUUGUGCUGCACCUCCUGCGCGUGUCAGAGGCUGAGAAGGAUCCGCUGCCCGCCCCGCCCAUCUACCCGACGCUGGAGGAUACAAAGGAUGUGAUCAGAGAAAAGACCGGAGACAACGCAGGCGACAUUGUGGGUGGCGAAGCCGCCGUCGGCGCGCCAACGAGCGCCGAGGGCGCUGAGCCGCCCCCGCAGGGCGUCAAGAAGGUCACGGCGACAACGAAGCGCAAGACAAAGGGGGCGUUCAAGCGCAUCGCGCGCAAGAUCGCCGGCAUGGGCUCGGACGUCACCGUCGUUGGUAAGGAGAAGAAGCUGCGCGGCAAGAUCGACAGUCUUGUCCUCAAGGCCAAGUGGGGAGACGACGCGCCUGGCGGGUACAGCGCCAAGCUGGACGGCACGAGCGGCCACCUGUUCCUCGACGACGAGGAAGGUUGUCUCUCGUGGGUCCCGCUGCUCAGCAAGACGCCCGAGCGUGUGUGGUAUGUCGACGACCUUGUUGAGAUGAAGAAGGACGGCGUCGGCGCCGGCCGGCUCGCGCUGGCCGCUGUUAGCGGCGCCGAGAUUGCGUCGCUUGGCCUCUCGCUUCGCUUUGCGAAGACGGCCGACGAUGUCAGUCUUUCUGAGAUGAGCGAGGAGGAGCAGCUGGCGGCUGCGCAGCGCGCGCGCGAGACGCUCGUGUUCAAGGGCGUCAAGGAGCGCGAGGCGCUGUUCAACCGCCUCGUCGCGAUGGGCAACCAGCGCUGGGAGAUGUUGUAGUUGAGUAGUUGAGUGAGUAUGUAGUCGUAAUGGACAUGUACGCAGAGAG